AUGAACCUCCGCCUCUGUGUGUCUGUGCGCUUUACGAAGCUUCCGUCCGCCGUGCUUGUCCGGGUCGCUCGUGGUACCCGCUUUGUCCACAACAAAUAUUUGCGGUGUAACGAUGGCGACAUCUACGACAUCUACGACAUCUACGACGCCAACAACACCACCACCACCACCACAAGGUGGGGCCUCGUCCCUUCCUUCACGAAGAAGGGCGAUAAGCCCGACUUUUUCCGAAUGUUUAACGCCAGGAGCGAAACGGCUGCGGAAAAGCCGUCGUUUCGGCGACUAGUCGGGCGGCGGCACGGCGUGGUAGCCUUCACGGGUUUCUACGAGUGGAAGCGCGAUGAAAAGGGGGAGAGACAACCGUACUACUUUCACUACGCGGACGACAGGCCCCUGCUGCUCGCCGUGCUUUACGACACGUGGCAACAAGGCGGCGACGCCAUCCGAGGCUACGGCAACGGCGGCGACGGUAAGGCCGGCAGCAGCAGCAGCAGCAGCAGCGGCGGCGGCGGCGGCGGCGGCGGCAUUGGUGAUGGGGAGGCCGUAACGACGACGGGGGGUGGGGGGCACGCGGAUCUCGCCGGGGAGGGGGAGGGGAGGUUACGGGGGCAGGCGGCGCUCCUGGAGAGGGAGGUGGAGGAGGAGGACCGGGGGGGCAGCCUGAUGUUUUCGUACGCCGUCCUCACCACUAAGGCCGCCCCGCGGUUGGAGUGGCUCCACGAGAGGAUGCCCGUGAUUCUUAGAGGAUCGCAAGACGCCGCGGCAUGGAUGAGCUGCAAGGGCCAAGAGGCCUCAAAGUUUUUGAAGAACCACACGCCGUACAGCGGAGAGGACCUCGUGUGGCAUCCCGUCAGCAAGCAGAUGAACACCAUGCGGUACGAUGCCGAAGACUGCAGCGCAGCGAUAGAGCUCAAGGAGCCUGCCAAGCCCCUCCCGGCGAUUACGACUUUCUUCAAGAAGAAGGAACCGCAUGAGCAGCAGCAGCAGCAGCAGCAGCUUGCGUCACCCGGCCGUCGCGGCGGCGGCGGCGGUGGCGGCGGCAGCAGCGAGAGCCGCCGGGGAACUCAGAAACGAAGGUACCUCGACAUGUCGGACGGGGACGCGACGCCGCCCGAGAAAAAGGCGGCGGGGGUGUCGUCCUCCGUGUUUUCCGCCACGUCACCCCCUGCGACAACGGGUUCGGGUGCCGCCGCCGCUAUGGCCAAGGUCUUGAGAACGGGCGCCGGCGCCGGCGCGGGCGGCGAAAGCGAAAUCGAGGGAGUAUGGGGAAGGCGAGGGGCGGGGAUGGCGUCAGCGGCUCCCCUGAACCCGAAGGCAUCCAGCAGCCCCGGGCCGCCGGCCGCGGGGAGCGGCAAGAAGAAGGCGCGAACCGCCGCCGCCACCGGGAGCCCAAGCCCGAGAAAGGGGAGUUCCAAGGCGGCCGGUGCUGCAGCUGCCGCCGCCGCCGCCAGGAACAAGAGGCAGUCGAAGCUCACGGCCUUUUUCGGCACGCCAUCCAAAUGAGAGCAGCUACGAUACACUGCACCUUGAUAUUUGUGUAGCUGUUUGUUUUUUGAGGGUUACGCGUAAUAUGUCGUUGCACCUUCUCUCAUUGUUGUGUGUGUGGUUGGUUUUCAAGAGUAUCUGCGCACUCAUCCUUUGGGGAAAGUCUUGUUUUCCCCGUUCUAGGAUGUACUGCCCCGUUGUUAAGAGAGUUGUCGGUGUUUUAGUAUUUAUUGGUGAGGGUUUGUGGUGUUUUUUGUUUUGGGUCCGUUUGCAUCUGCCGGGUGGUGUUGUGGUAUUUCGUAGUUCUUCGUUUUAUUUUGCCAUGUCUCUUGUCCUUUGGGGGGCUGUGCUUGUGUUUGCAGUCCAUGUAGACAUGCAUGGCAUGGCAUGUCAUGUGUAUGUAACCUUGGUUGCGUGUAUCUGCUGCAGUUGGGCGGCGGAGACCAAGAGGAAGAGUGCGUGGGGAACUUAAAUCCUGGUGGUGUAGGCGUAAUGGAAUGCUGUGUUCAUUUUUCGCCGGCUGAUCCGGUGGAGAAAAUAGCGCCGAUCGUCGCGGCGUUGUCGUUUGAGCAACAAAUGCUCCCUUCGUGCCGUAGACCUUGAUCCCUAGUGGUAGUGUGGGAGACAGGCUGGCUGGAGAUAGAGAAGGAGAGAGAGACACACGAGGGACUAGAGUUUUGCCGACCUCAUCCAUCCGUGUUCGAAAUUAUACCAUAGACUAGACCUCCAAGGACUUCGUUCCACUUGUAGUAGACUACAUUUUCUCGAUGUAUAUAUCGGUUGACAUUCCCAUGUUUGAAGUAAUUUAUCACCCCUUUCACGGGGUUUGAUUGUGCGUAGAGGGGAAGCGUGCACAAAGGAGAGACACGCAUAGAGACAGAGAGGGAGGGAGAGAGAAGGAGGGUCACAAGAGCAGCGGCCUAUUUUUAGGAAGAGAUCCAAAAGGCGAGGUAUGUAGCCAUGGCGCCGUGGGUGUAGGGUCUGACGUGUGUCAAUGAAGCGCUCAAUUUGUCUUGUCUAUCGUCAUGUUUUUCUGCGGCGAGGUGGGUUCUGUCCUCGCUCGACAAAGCGAUCUACGACGACAGGAGGUGCUACAAUAGCUGUCUGUUUAAGCG